AUGAACACAAACCUCAGGGCAAUUUGGAAAUAUAGGCAUCAUUUAAAAGUAACACGUAAAUAUAUUUUCAAUAUUCUAUUUAAUGUAACCAUCGAAAUUAAUAAUAUUUUGAAAUAUAUGAAUCGAAGUGUAAUAGGAAUUUUUAUGUUUGAAAAAGUCAUUAAAAAGACCUUGGUUUUAGAAAAAGAACUAAAUGACUUAGUGACAAAAGUAGAAUUGUUAAACGAUUGUGAAACUAAAGCAUUUCUUAUUCGACGGCUUUCAAAUAUUAGAAAUAUUUUCCAGAUCAUUUUAAAAAAUCAACAUGAAUUAGAAAGAAAUUCAAUUUUAAAAGAGCAUUACUUUUCUAUUAAAAAUAAAUUAUUAGAUCUUAUCAAUAGUGACGAUAGAGAUGAUAAAAGUUUUUUGGAAUGCUUAGAUGAAAAAAAAAAAUUUGAAAAGAAUCUUUUUGUAAUGGGAAGAUAUGUAGAUGUGGACAUUAAGGAGUCCUUACAAUAUUUGGUGGGACUUUUUUAUUUGAAAUGGGAAAAAUUACAAAAUUUUAUUGAACAAAAAGAACGUUUAUUGACAAGUUUUGAAUUACAGGUUGAAGAAUAUUUUUUAAAUACUUCAAACAAUAACGAUGGUAAUUUAAUUUUUAUACUUGGAAAACUUCUCAAACUCAAAAAUGAUAUAAAAAUUGAAUUGUUGAUUACAAGAAAAAUUAUAUUUUUCCCUGAAAUUGAAGUUAUUAAUAGUAAUUUUCAACAGAUAUUUCUUAAAACUAUAAGUUUAAUUAGAAAAAUUGAAAAGAAUAUAGGGUGUUCUACAAAAGGUGCCGUUGAAAUUAAUGAAUUAAAAAGUCUUGCAGGAUUUGAAAAGUCAGUAGAUAAUGCUUGUGUUUCUCUCUUGCAAACUAAAAAUGAUUCUAAUAAUAGUGAUUUGAAAAUGAAUUAUUUUCAAGAGUUAAAAGGAAAAUUAAAUGUUGAAUGGAUCAAAUCAAGUUCACAGGCAGUAUGUUAUUUUUUUUUCACUUUGAUUUCUAGCACUUUGUUUUUAUUGUUUAUAUUUCAUACAUUUAAUAACUACAUACAAACAUAUGGUUGUCAUAUUCGUGACUUCUUCAUCAUAGAAAAAAAACAAAAUUACAUGAAUUAUUUUUAA